AUGGAGCUGAACCUCCAUGAUCCCAUGUACUAUUUCCUCUGCAUGCUGGCUGUCACCGACCUGGUCCUCUAUACAUCCACCCUGCCCAAAAAGCUGGCAAUUUUCUGGCUCAAUUCCAGAGAGAUCAACUUCAAUGCCUGCCUCACCCAGACGUACUUCAUUCACUGCUUCUUAGCAAUGGAGUCUGGGAUUCUCGUAGCCAUGGCUUUGGAUCGCUAUGUGGCCAUCUGCCAUCCCUUAAGACAUACCACCACUCUGAUGAACCCCCUGGUGGCCAAGAUUGGCCUGGUUGUGGUGCUGCUUGGUUUCAUAGUUGUAUUACCCUAUCCCUUACUGGCAAGACAAUGGCCUUAUUGCAGAACCAACAUCAUCCCCCAGCCGUACUGCGCACACAUAGCUGUGGUGAACCUAGCCUGCGCCGACACCCGUGUCAGUAGUUACUACGGCCUCUUUGGGCAAUUCUGUUUGAUGGGUCUGGAUGUGAUUUAUAUCGGGGUGUCCUAUAUCCAGAUCCUCAGGGCCAUCUUCAGCCUCCCCACAGAAAACACGCGUCUCAAGACUUUUGGGACCUGCAGCUCCCACCUUUUUGUCAUUUUAGCUUUUUACUUCCCAGAUCUCAUCAUCUCUCUCAUGAACAGAUUUGCCCAAAUGUGCCCCUGCAUUUCCACGUUCUCAUUGCCAACCUAUACCUCUUGCUGCCACCCAUGCUAA